CGAGUCGCACAAGUAGUCCCAAUUCACGAGAAAGGCAACCCAACUGAUCCAGUCAAUUACUAUCUAAUUAGCAUGACUACUACUUCCAAAAAAAUGCUCGAAACAUGCAUAAAGGAACUUCCCCAAAGCCAAGCAUCGUCCUUAGAUACUGCUCAAGGUGGUUUUAGAGGGUGCAAAAGUGGCCUUGACCAAGCCUUUCAUUUUUCAGAGAUUCGUAAAUUGCUU